UGUUGCCUGGGUGUUCGUGCAAAGCACCUUCUGGAAACCGACGGUGAUGAAAGCAACCACCCCACAUAAUACGGCUAUUAUCAUGCAAAGGGCCAUUUUCUCACGCCAGGCCUGGCGAAUCUGCUUGUCCCGCAGCCCACCAAUGCUGCCGAGCAGGACAUCAGGCGCCCAGAAAGUUAGAACAAGACUAAUAAUGCGCCAGGCAUCUGAACCGCCAUAUUCUGAGAUAGAUGAUGGGCCCACAGGGUGGGCCGACGGCCCGACGAGGGGAACUGGAGCAACUCCACGCUCUGGGCGGGUAAGAGUCUUCGCUCGUCGCACUGUUGUUCCAGACGAUUGUAUUGGGACCCUGUUUGUGGGAAUCGGCACGUCGGUAAAGUCGUACUGCGUUUGAAACCGAAUCGCCAUCUCAGAGAGACGGGCAAACGAGCGGAGGGGGAAUGAAGGGAAGGCGUAAGUGGAGGAGGAGCUAUGGCUACGAGAAGUGACAGCGUGACAUUUUCUGUGACAACGUGUUACGCAAGUUGUUCACAUCGACAGCGGAGACUGGUCAUAUUAUUUUUACUUCGUCCACUAGGCUUACUCUUGCACAAUUUCGGAAACAUCGACAUCAUUCUCUUCCGACUGGAAUUACAUUCAAACGAUAUCCCCAUCCGAUGUCUCUCACUCUUGUGUUACCUCAGUCAGCUCAACUUCCUCAGCCCUUGACCACGUCUCGCGAAGCUACGAAUGCCACAUCAUUUCUUCAUUCGUCGAUUAACGAUCCUUUACACCCUUCAACAUACAUUAUCCAUCCUCCCAGCCUUCUCCUGGCGUCGCUCGCGUCGCAGCAUCACCUUUCCGCUCACUCCAUCUCCAAGUACGGGCCACACGGCUGCCCAAGCUUCUAUAUUCCCAUCUCCAUGCACCUUCCGGACCACGUUCGUCAGCUUGAAGCGCGUCAGCGAUUAGCUGCUGCAGCCAAGCUCUGGUGGCCAUGCGAGAUGACAGAGACAUGUGCUCCAGUACUCCUGGGUCCGUGUGGAUCUAUCUCCCAGAUGAAUUCGAUGUCUCUUCGUGAUCAAUUAGAGGAGGCCCUGAAAGAACGUUUGAUGACAAACAUACUUCCCAAUUCGUCUGUGAAAACUUCCUCCACGCAUCCCAUCAACGUCUCUGCCGUCAUCCCCGUUGAAGUCGUAACUCUCAUCUCCUCGCACCUCACCCUUUCAUCACAUGGUCCCACCGCUUUCGAAAUCCCUCCUGCCAUCUUCCUGGAUCGACUCCUUGCGAGCUCCCGCCCGGUGCACGCGAGAAACAACAGUUUUGCCAUUGCUGCUGGACACUCGGUCGCAAGUGAAACAGCCGUCAUCGGCCUUAGGAACCGGUCGCGUGUGGACGAAGACCUGCAAGCUGCUAUCGGAUCGACAGUGACCCCUUCCUUGGUCUCGAAGCCAUUGUCGGAGAUGCCCUGCUUCGCCAUAGAUGAUGUCGAGCUGGAUUUUCUCGGGGCUCCGUGGCCUGAAUACGAGAUCGCUGCUAGGUCUUUCGGUCUUUCGGUCCUACGCAUACCCAUUCCAGAAGGCCUCGCCCCCCUCUCGCCGGCUGAUCUUGACCUCCAUCUGACACUCCUCAUACAAUCUUACACGCUUCGUGGAAUCCCGAUUCUGGUUCCGUUCGAGUCGUUUCUAGAAAAUACACCGCCAAUCCCCACUCUCCAAACGGGCACGAACCCUCUUCACACAUUCCUCGGUUUUGAUCCGCAGCAAAACAUUCUCGUAUUGACUUUGCGCGAUCCCAAUGACUCGAGAGAACUACCACCCAAUGGGAAUGAUUCUGUCUCGAUCGCGACUGGGAGAGGCGUGCGCAAAGUGACUCCUGCUUCGUGGCAUUCCUGUGUUCAAGCCUGCAGUCCCGAUCUCGUUGUCGCUCUUCCCGAUAUACCGUGGACACCACCUCCGCACUCGCAGAAACGCGUCAGCAAAAUGCUUGCACGGUCCGCUUCUUGGCUUGCGGACAUUCUCCGUCCCUCAGUCCGUCCGCAAAACAUCCUGGUACAUAUGGCUGGAGGAAUUUCUAGUCCCGCGCGCGCCGAAUUCUCAAUUCGUUUGCUGGAGACCAUCGAGGACGAAGCCGGUGUCGUUGCAUCAGACAGAUGUCUCGACGACGGUGUCAUGGGGUACACCUUCGAUCUCCUUCCCUUGCGACUGGGGCUCCAGAUAUCCAACGAAGGCUCCGAUAACAUGAUUGCAUUGUUGCGACAGUCUUUACAGCCAUUGCCUCAGACGAAAAUUCGAGUUGUCAACUCAGUUGUAUCUCCGCAUGAUCUAUUGCGGUUGGUAAGGGACAUCGGCGUUGACAUAUUUGAUUCCAAGUGGGCCCAAGAUGCUGCGCACUACGGCUUUGCGCUCGACUUUGCCUUCCCUAUACAAAGCACAGGGGAGAUGCAAUCUAUCGGACACAAUCUUUACGACCAUCGAUAUGCGCAUGAUUUCUCCUGCCUCGCUAGCGCACUCCCUCUAUGUUCGUGUAUAGCAUGUUCUCCCGAAAACCCGCCAGCAGUUAUCUUGCACAGCAAGCUUGACACCCACGACGCAUGUGGACUGCGACCUGAAUCAUACUCACGGGCGUACAUUCAUCAUCUGCUGCACACACACGAAAUGUCUGCGCACACUUAUCUCACCAUGCACAACAUUGCUGUGCUCGAGGCAUUCCUUGCCGGCAUUCGUGAUCUCAUCCAAUCCGGCCAAGAUUUCGCCGCUGAGGUCGACCGGCACGUUUUUCUCGGCCUAGCGCUCCUUGAACUGGGAAACUAUGCCAUGAGCGAGCAAGCUUACCAGCACGCAAUCGACGCGAGCCCUGAACAGCCAUUAGCGUGGCAGGGUCUACUCAAAUUCUACGAGCGCUUCGAGCAGUGGGAUCGAUACGCUGAGACAGCGAGACGGUUGACUGAUCUAUUCGCGCAAUUAGGCGAUGCGUUAAAGUGUGUGGAGGCAUUGGGAAAGCUUGUCGACUGUCGAAGAGAGAAAGGAACAUCGCGCCAGUUGGUCGAAGUGUUGUCCCUUCUCCUGGAGAAUUCUUCGCUUUAUCCGUUACUUUCCACACUCCCUGUUCCCGAUCACAUCAAUCCCGACAUGACACCGGCGUAUCAUAUCCAAUCGGCUAUCCACAAUACGCUGCCCACGCUCGAAGAGAUACUUGGGAUCAUCGAGAAAGAAGAAGAUUCCAUCUAUUUGAGCGAGGUUGCGAAACGACGCACUCGUCUAGGUGCUUCUAGUCCUGAACAACUUCGUAAAGAGGUCGGACUUGAGAUCUGGAGUUCCUCCCAGGUGUGUGUUCUUUUUCAGUUCUUGAUCCGUGCGCUCAUGUCAAGAAACCUGAAGCUACCACAUUACUAUGACGCUGUAUUGAACCAUCCAAACACAUCGGACGAUUUGCGCAGGAAGACAGAUGCGAAAUUGCUGAGAUAUAAGCAUCGUUAUCUCUGUGCACUUCCUGCUCAUUCCAGCGUCAAGAUUACCGUCGCGCGUGAAGUGGAUGAAUUGGCCGCAGGAGCGAUCACUCUGGGUCUCCCAGACGCUCUCGCAUGGUCUAUUUAUCUCGACGGGAAAGAUUGGAUCGAUCCCGCACACUUCGAGAUGCGGUUAUUGCAACAAUUCAUGCAACUACUCCCACGAUCAGGGCUCGCUUUGUUUUUGAAAGCAUUCUGUCAAUUCUCGAGCAUUCCAUUAGUUGACGACGAGAAUGGAGGAACGUUAAUUCUGGUUGAUGGAGAUCCGUUCGAUAUCAUGUUGGUCAGGAGCUUCGUCCUUCCGCGUUCAGUCAAUGACUCUCUCUCUCUCCAGGAUUCAUUCGCUUCAUUGUCAGAUUCGGUGUUAGCUACUCAGAUCAUGGGCAGCGUAUACUUGACGGAGGCCGACUAUCAGAAUUCAAUGGUGGUCGCCGAGAACGGAUUGUCAAUUCUCAGCCGAGCUGAAGCUGACUUUGGCAAGCAGUUCCCCAACACUCGGCUCGGCUUCAAUGUCACGCUAGCAACAUCUCUAGUGCAUCUUUUCCCACCAAAGCAUCACAGCCGUGCGCUGUCAUUGUUGGAUCAAAUCCUCAGACAGGCCCCGACAAAUACUGCUGGUCUCAUGGGUCGUGCUUUCGUUCUUCAGCAACAGCAGCAUUGGGCAGAAGCUGCAGAGGUCUUUGCGCAGGCAAUUGCAUCACUUGCUGAGAGCUCCCCAAUGCGAAUUCGGGCAAGAGAGGAAGAAGCUUGGUGCCAAACUCGCGCCGGAAAUCUGGAUGAAGGCAUUACUGUUCUGAAGAGCGUGUUGACGGUGCUAGAUACGGGAGAUGGGGCCGAAGCUGAUUCUGCCCGCUGUUUGUGGCGACUGGGCGCGUCCUACUGGGAUUUGGGAGAGAAUCAUAUUGAAGACGCAUACAGGCAUUUUAUCCAGUCGCUCAAGCGCAACUCGUCCUACGCCCCCUCGUACACUUCUCUUGGUAUUUACUAUGCGGAAUUUGCCAAUCCGACUGAUGCUGCGCGAGCUUCCAAGUGCUUCCAGAAGGCGUUCGAGAUUGAUGCUCGUGAAGCAGAGGCUGCUCGGAGAUUGGCUGAGGGUUUCGCUGAUGAACGCGAGUGGGACCUCGUCGAGGUAGUUGCUCGGAGGACAAUCGAAGGAGAGGGUGGUUUGACUGCUGGCCUCACAGCCGAGAGUAGUGCCCGUCUCCUUCCGACAAAUGCUUGGGCUUGGAAAGCUCUUGGUGUGGUUGAACUGGCACAUGCAAACUAUCCGGCUGCUAUUCGGGCUUUCCAGAUCACACUACGAGCGGAGCCAGACGAUCAAGUCUGCUGGUUGCGAUUGGGAGAAGCUUACAGUCGUGCGGGACGUCAUGCCGCUGCUAUCAAGGCACUUGAGCGCGCCCAUGAACUCGAGCCAGAGGACUGGAUAUGUCGCUUCUUCCUAGGUGAUGUGCAGCACCAAAUAGGGCAACAUCAAGAGGCCAUCGAUGUUUUUGAAAACAUUCUGAUAGAUCGUCCGUUGGAAAUUGGUGUUCUUAUCGCCUCAGCAAAGGCGUUUCUUGAUCUCGGCUGCUCCGAGCUCUCAAACGGGUUCCCGACUCGUGCCGAGGGAUCGCUCAUCACUUGUCUCCGGACCGCAAUCAAAGCCUUGGAGGCUAGUCCAGGCUUUCGCAGUGUCGCGUGGAAGACAGCAGCUGAUGCAGUUUUCCAUCUUUCCGCGAGGCCGGCAUACGUCGAUGAAAUAGGGACUACCGCUGUUUUGGAGAAACUGAUAACUUUGCUUCCUCGAGACUUGAGCGGACGAGUUGCAAGUUUCCUGAAACCGGAGUUGAAAUCUCCCCUCACUUGUGCCGCGGUAUUACACAUCGCCAUAGCCGCAUACGACUGUCGUGUCAGCCUCGGGUCUACAGAUAAUACAGCUUUGGGGAGCGCUUGGUACGACUUAGGAAUGUCGUUGCUUUGCAUCUCGCGCAAGCUUUUCACUGGCGACGUGCAAACUCGAGUGCAAGCACAAGCACAAGAAAGUCUCAAGCAUGCACUCCGAGAGGAUCCAGGAAAUGAUCUAUAUUGGGUCGGCCUUGGCGAUGCAAACUUUCUGACUCAUGCAAAAAUGGCUCAACAUGCGUACAUCAAAGCGCUCGAGAUCGAUUUCCAGAACGCUCGCACGUGGUCGAAUCUGGGACUGUUGUAUCUGCGCCAAAACGAUGUGGACUUGGCCAAUCAAGCUUUUCUCAGAGCGCAAACCCUCGAUCCAGAAUGGACUGUUGCUUGGGUCGGCCAGGCCCUCGUCGCAUCAGCCAACGGGCACGAAGUUGAUUCCACAGCUUUACUAGAGCACGCUCUUCUGAGACAUCACCAGCCCGAAGCUGAUUUGGAGUUCGCCUCUCGCACAAUCAAGAGGCUGCACGCCAAUCCAAUUCAAAUUGACGACGUGCUACCGACUUUCUCCGUCCUGGACCGCCACCGUCACAGUCGCCCUGACGACGCUUGCGCGCUGCACUUGUUUGGCCUCGUCUGCGAGAUCCUGGGACAGAGAGAAUACGGCCAUGAACUGAUGCUUCGUGCCAUCACGAUUCUCGAGGCCGAAUACGAACAGUCCGAAGAUCCCGACGUGGAACGCCAGUUCAUCAUUGCGACAUUGAAUCUCGCGCGAAUAAAACUCGCGUUACAGGACUACGAGUCUUCCGCCGAGUCGUUCGAGAAUGUCCUGGGUUUAUUGGGAGACUCCAACGAUCAAGCCGCUCGAACAAUAGUGGCUCACGCUCACUUUGGUCUGGGCCUGGCGAAUUUCAAAUCUGGUGAUCCGCACGCUGCGCUCACCCUGCUGGAAGGCGCGCUGGAGAGCAGUGCCAGCGAGACCAUGAUCCGAAGCCAUAUCGCUGUGCUUCUUGCCCAAACAAUGUGGACGAUCGGGUCCGAGGAUUGCAAGGAAAGUGCCAAAGCGCAUCUUCUGGACUGUACAACCACUGAUCCAGAAAAUCUCGCGGCCAUCAACACAUUGGCUGGAAUGGGCAUUUUGACAGAGGACGAUGGAUUGGUUGAUGCCGCCCUCGCAGAUCUGCUCGCACUUCCUCCCGAUCGACGAUUUACGCUCGAUCCGUCGAGAGACGUCGAUGAUCUGUUGCUACAGCACAGGCUGGGUCAAGGGAACCUCUCGUUGGCGAUGGCCAUCGCUCAAGGCAGUGUGAUGGCUGAACCGAGUCGUGCAGAGGCUCGCCAGCAGCUGGCACUGCUGAAUGUGCAACGAGGAGAACCCUCAGCAGCAGUGGCGCUGUUGUCAACCGAAUCCUCAGAUACACCAGCUUGGAAACAUCUCGCCCUCCAGGCCAUGUCUCUAUCCCUGAAGGGUGACUGUGACAACUCUGCUGUGAGCUUGGCUCAGAAACUCGUCUUUCUUCGGCCUUGGGACGAAGACCAUUGGCAGGCUCUAGCUCAUGCGUCCUGA